AUGCCUAUAAAUGCAAAAAAAAACAAGUUUGUCAUGUAUGUGCGGAAUAAGCAUAGUAAAAUAGGAUGGCACAAUACUUUUGUGGGAGCAAAAGGAAAUGAACGGGUUUACAAUUUGCAAUGCCCAACAUACUAUACUUAUAAUAAUAGUAAAAACAAAAAUACAUUGAACAAAUUUGUAAAAUACAAGAUCUAUCAAAAUGAAAAUAUCAUAAAUAGGAGUACUAUAGGAGGAUUAUUACAUUUUAAUAAGGGGGUGGCAAAUGGAAAGAGGCCCACCUCGAUUAAUAUAUCUACACACAAUUAUUACAAUGUUUGUGAGAAUAAUAAAAAAAAAAUAGAGAAUGAAAAUAAAUGGGGUGACGAAAAUGAAAAAAGUGGCAUGAAGAUACCUCUAAAAUGUAGCAUAGAAUUAAUACCAAAUGUAAAUAAAAAUGUAUAUGCAUCAUCUAUUCAUUCGAAUAAAAUAAAAAAUGAAAUGAAUCCAAAUUAUGUACUAAUGAAUAACAAAAUUCAUAUAAACAAAAUAAAUUCAGUUGGAAAAAUGAUCUCAGAAAGUUUGAUAGAAAAUUCUAAUAUUAAUGAAAAAUGGUAUGAAAUAGAAGAUGAUGAAAAAAAAAAAGAAAAAUCUAACAUUGAUUUAGUGAAAUUAAAAAUAAAGAAUUAUUUAGAUCUAUCAAAAUCUAAAUUAACUUUAUGGGUAACAAUAAAUAGCACAUUUGGAUAUUUCAUGUUAGGUGGACAUAAUAUAUCUGAACUUUUGUCAUUGUCAUGUGGGAUAUUUUUAUGUAGUAGUAGUGCUAACACAUUUAAUCAAAUUAUUGAAAAAGAUAUUGACAAAUUAAUGAAUAGAACAAAUAAAAGACCAUUAGCUUGUAACAAUAAAAAAAUAUCAUUAACACAUGCAAAGAUAUUUGGCUGUUCAACUGCUGCAAUUGGCUGUUCAUUAUUAUAUUAUUUUAAUAAUCCUUUAACAUCAUUUUUAGGAUUAUUUAAUAUUUUACUAUAUACAUGUUUAUAUACCCCACUAAAACGGAAAACACCAUAUAAUACACAUGUCGGAUCUAUAGUUGGGUCUAUACCUAUGUUAAUGGGAUGUGUAGCGGUUGAACAAAAUUUAUUUAUACCUGAAGCUUGGAUAUUAUUUUCAAUUCAACUUUUAUGGCAAUUUCCACAUUUUUAUUCAUUAGCAUAUUUAUAUAAAGAAGAUUAUUUAAAAGGGAAAUAUAAAAUGUUUCCUCUUAAGGAUAAUCAAAAUGGAUUAUACACAGCAAAAUUAUGUAGACCAUAUUUAAUUUUAUUAUCUUUUCUUCCCUUUUUCUUUUUUUUUUGUGGAUAUACAUCCUAUAUGUAUAUUUUAACAUCACUAGUGCCAAAUAUAUUUAUUUAUUACAAAUUUCAACAAAUUCUUCAAAACCCCUCUAAAAAGGGAUUUAGAUCAUUUUUUAAACAUUCGCUAUGGCAUAUUAUUUUAUUAUUAGCUUUAUCAUCCUAUCACACUCAAAUACCUGACAAAAAAAAUGCUUUACAUACAAAAAGGGAUACAUUAAUUAGUGACAGCCAAAUCGAUAAAAUGGGUCAAGAUAAUAUGAACCAUUCAGAACAUCCAAUCACCAAAUUUAAGAAAAGACUCUUAAAAUUUUGUGUAGUCUUCUCAUAG